AUGGACUCCUCUGUGCUUCCAUUGGAAAUUGUCCUAUUGAUAUGUCAGGAGCUUGCCGCGCGUCGUGAUUUCAACACCUUAUUCUAUUACUCUCUUACCAGCCCACGAAUUACAGGCAUUGCUCUACAGCAGAUUUAUAGUAUUCAUGAACUGUCUGCAGCUAGCGCCGGUGAAGCAACCAGCCUCGAAUUGUCGCGACUAUGGAGAUCCAUUAUCCUCUCCAGCGUCGGGAAAACCCUCUACCCGUACUGUGCAUAUGUUCGCGCUUUAUCGCUUGGGAACCUCGAAGAAUGCCUCCAAGAUGUAGCCCGAUAUAAGGAAGUUCGGGAUUUCUUUUUCCAAGGUGACAUGGAACAAUUUCUGGUGUUACGAGAUGGUCACGAAUCGUACCGACCCCGAAGAGGAUUGUCUGGUCCACCCAUAGACGCCCCGGCUAUUAUACUCAAAUGCACCGAUUCGAUCACCAAAUACAUUAGAAAAUUAGCAGACGAGAAUGGAACAGCUGUAGCUCUAGCACAUCUGGAGGGAACAUUUAUUCCGCAUGACUUAUUACCGACCUGGAUAGCACGACUUGGAACCCUAACAUCUUUACGUAUUCGAGAUGGAUCAGUGCUAGGUGCCGAAGCUGCUAGUGCUAUUUCUGAGCAUUGUCCUAAUUUUGUCGAUCUGACUUGUUAUUAUUGUAUGUUCCCAGAUGAUAGCUCUACCGCCGACGAAGACUUGGCCGCAUUUUUCCUAACUUUGCCCCAUAACACUCUCCGAAGUUUUCAAAUAAUCAGUCAGAAUGGGAUCGGCGAAAAGACUUUGACGGCGCUGAACGUUCACGCGAAAUCUCUGCAUACCCUUAAACUCGGAAGCCUUCCUCCGCAGGCCAUGAAAGCCUUGAAUAUGCUCCCAGACUGUAUCGCGUUAGAAACACUCGCGAUCGAGAACGACCGACAUCACCGGAUAGACCUGAAAGAUUUUAGCGAGAGAAUGCUUAAAGAAGUCUCAUCUUGGAUCAGCAGUUGCACGUCGCUUCGAGAUCUGAGCUUUAACCAUGUACUCAAUGCUUUGUCUCUAGUAAAGGAUACGUUAAGUUCGCCGAAAAUUCGUCUCACAUCCUUAUCAAUAGUGGAUUUUCUCUCAAGGGCUACGGAGGACGACGACGCGGUCUAUGCUGCACUCGGUUUACAAGUACACCUAGAGAAUCUGACUAUUGGUCUGGAAGAUGGCCAUCCAGACAACCUCAUAGUUGAAACAGUCCCGGCCCUGGAGAAUUCAAUUUGCCAAUUGAAGAACCUUACGUCUCUAAACUUGAUGCAGUCGUUCCUCAGGCCCCGUGGGAUAAAGUUAUUCGCUAGGAAAUUACCCAAAUUGUCCGAAUUUAGUUUCGGUGGAGAGAUGGUAGAUGAUGGAAUAUUAGGGCCGUUAGGAUCUCAUCCUUCGCUAAGUUUACUUUCUAUAAACGCCCUGUCCGCUUUUAGUUGGGCUGGUCUUCGAAGCUUCGCUGAGGCACUCGAAGCGACAAACCACAAGGGGAUUAGGGUGGACAUCUUAAAUCAGAUUGGGGAUUUAAACUUCACUGACGAUGAGUAUAAUUGGUUGACACGAUUCUUCACUGAGAUUUUAAAGGGGCGGAUCGAGAUAACCUAUUUUAACGAUCCUGAUGAGGUUCACGAAGACGAUUUCACGGAUGUAUCCGACUAG